GUUGAUUAUUGAAUUUAUGAAACUGAUGAAAGUUGUUUACAAAUUUGCAUUUAUUUGAAUUGCAGGGAUGAAGUUCAGUUGAAGAAAUUACAAUAUUUCGAAAUGGAUCCUGGAGAUUCAAUAGAGAGCAGUGGUGUAUCAGAUUUAAUAUUGAAAUUAUGCAAUAACUUAGCCAAGAAUGAUCAAGUUUUGACAGCCAAAUUUUGUAAACGAGCUUUCAGCUUUUUGUCUUAUUCAUCGUCUACCGCUCUGAGAACUCCCAGUGCUAGUGAUGAAGCAUAUAUAGUGGCAGAGAUUAGGAAAAAUCUCUCCACACAAUCUAAAGAAAAAAUAGAUAGAUUUGAGGUUUUGUACUCCAAAAUUUGUGAAUCGGGAUUACUGCAAAACAGAUAUGCAAUUUUGCAAUUCUUCUACCAUUUGUCCCAUGAUUCUCAGAAACAAUCUAAAGAUGAAUUAUCCUCUUGGGAUACUGUUUCCAAGGAACUCAUGAAGUUGAGGCCUCAUUUUGGUGUUUCAACUAGUAAUUCUCAAGAUAGUGUUAGACACCUAUUUGAUAGUAGGGAAAAGAGGGCCAAUAACAAUUCACAUUCCACAGCACUUGCAGCAACAAGGGUACAAUCACAAACUACUACAAUAUCAUCAAUUACUUGGUCGAAGAAUGAUAUCCCCACAUCUUCAAAGUUAUCAAGUUCAACCAUCGUGUCGGAACUCGACAUUCUCCAGGACGUGGUCUACUCGUUCCAAGGCAUCGAAGGAAAAUAUUUGCGCAAAGAGCCUGGCUCCACGGGCUUCUCCAUCGACCCUAAAUCGGGCAAACAGCUCACUCGCAUCCAGCGAGGCGUCCUCGACCGUCUGACCGGCAUCAGCUUCCUGCACAACCAAUUGAAGAGGUACUGCGAGGACAACGAGAACAGGAGCGGGAUGAUUUGCCAGGCGUUCAUAGCGACCUUAAGCGACGAGCUUUCCGAUUAUUACAAGACGGUCGCUCUGCUUCAAGCCAGCAUGAACAGACAUGGUUCUAUGGAAAAUUCCGAGAUGACCCUCAAGAGGGCAUUAUACAUGAUGCACGAACACCACACCAGAUUCGAAUGGCUCGCCUAUAUUGCUGAACAGUGCAGCGACAAAAAGGGCGGAUCUUUGAUAACGGCCAUCCAUGGUUUCCUUCAGCACGGAUCAAAGUGCGCUCAAGAGGUGUCAGAAAAGGUCCUGAAGGCGGUCUGCAAGCCUCUCUACAUAAUGCUCUCUCGCUGGCUGUUGGAUGGCGAAAUCAACGACCCUUGCAACGAGUUCUUCGUCGAGGCGAAGACAGUCAUCGCUGCCGAGAGGCUGUGGCACGACAAGUACCGCAUCAGGCGGGAAAUGGUACCUUCGUUCGUGACCGUCGGACAGGCCAGGAAGGUGCUGGCCACGGGCAAGAGCAUCAAUUUCCUGCGGCAGAUUUGCAAGGACGGGGGAACGUUGCCGGGCAGGGAGUCGUUGCAGAAGUUGUUCAGGACGACGACUGCUGAUGCACUGUUUGCCCCAGAACGCAGCAUCGAGUUUCACACAACCCUAGAAAACGUUUACCAAGAGACCUCUUUGAGAGUACUAGAUCUGCUAAAGAACAAAUACAAAUUGUACGAACAUUUGCAAUCACUCAGAAGGUAUCUCCUUCUAGGACAGGGUGAUUUUAUCAGACAUCUGCUAGAACUUCUAUCUCCCGAACUGAACAAACCUGCGAAACAAAUCUACAGCCAUACACUUAGUGCCAUUCUAGAAUCCGCCAUUCGUGUAACGAACGCUCAGUACGAAGACGAGGAAACGCUUAGAAGGCUGAAUGUAAGCUUCAUGAGUCACUCGUCUGGUGACACUGGUUGGGACGUUUUCAGUCUAGUUUAUAUCGUUGAUGGACCAAUUGGUACGAUAUUCCAGCAAACAAUGCCAACUUAUCAAAGCCUAUUUGGGGCAUUGUGGAAGGCUAAAAGGACAGAAUAUGUGUUGGCAAAUAUGCGAAGACAGCAGAUUUGUAUGGCCAAGCUGUUCACAAAAAUUAAAGAAUUGAAACCGGUGAUGCACAUCAUCCAUAUCCUGACUUGCAAGAUGAUACAUUUUCUGCGACAAACUCAGUAUUACUUCCUGUUCGAGGUGUUGGAAUGUUCUUGGGCAGAGAUGCAGAACCAAGUGAACAAAGCUGAAUGUCUGGAUGAUGUUAUCAAUGCCCAUAGUUGUUUUUUGAGUUCGAUACAGAGGGGGGUACUGCUCGAUGAAAAUUCAAGGCAACUGUUCUCCCACCUCAUAUCCAUCUACAAUUUCGUUAUGAAUCUGGAGGCGCACCAGGAAGCCCUCUAUCAAGCCUCCGCCGAUGAGUUCGAAGCCCACACCAAGUACCACCAGAAAAUCGACGAAGGAAAAAAUUUCGGCACCAACACGGAAUACCAAGUGGCGCACAAACUACGCCGGGCGACGUUCCAUCAAUUCCUCAACACGACCAAAUUGAAAGUGAAAACUUCCGCGCAAACGUACGACGUCAUCGUGAAAAACUUCCUGGAACUCCUGUCGAAAAGCUCGAACAUGAACUUGAGAUUGCUGAGCGUGCGGCUGAGUUUCAAUAACUUCUAUAACGUUGCAUGACCGCAAAGUGUUCCGUCUGUUUCGGCGGACGAUUCUUCUCAGACCUGUGACCCUAGCUUAAGUCUUCAAUCUCUUCCGCGUAGGUUUAGCGAAAGAUUCCCGCCCGAGGGCUUUAACUGUACGGAUGUCGGCGCAGAUCGGUCCAAUCUUCAAAUAAAACUUGCCAUCUAACCGCCAUCAUCCGGUCAAGAAACCUCGAUCAAGACCAAUAAAAUGAGAAGGUCCAGGGAGAUAUAACCCAUGAAAUAUGGUAAAUAUGGCACUACAGAAUGAGUAGAGUACAGCAAACAUUGACCUCCUCUGUCUGUAAGUUAUUUCCGCUAAUUGAACAACAAGCGUUAUCUAACUAUUUCUCUUAGCUGAAGACACAAAACACGAAAUUUACGAUUU